UAUUAAGUUCCACAAAUACCCUCCCAUGAGACCUCAAAUUCCAUUGAUCGCUCUGGCCAGCAGGCCCAGCACCAGCUGCAACCACCAACACCUUCUUUUCUUUUUGAAGAAACCAAAGCUCUGCCUCUAACCCCCUCUCCAUUUCUAUAUAUACCACCAGCUCACACUUCUCCCUCUCAGCAUACCAAUUGCAUAAAAUACGACAACGUUUUAGAGAGAGAGAGGGAGGGAGAGAGAGAGAUUUGUGCAUAUUGUGAUGGAAAAUAAGUCGGAAAAGAACUCAAAGAAGGAGAAGGCCGUUUGGUCGUUAAAGAAGGUGAUUAGCAAAGAGCUGUGGCCAAGGAAAUUCUCAGUGUUCAAAUGGAAGCGUCUGGAUUUUCAGACGACCAUCGUAGACGACGUCGUCUUCAAGGUUCUCUCUGCUGUGGAGGUUGUCGUUCUGGUCUCCACGCUCUGCUUCUUCUACCUUUGCUGUGGUUGCCACAUCUGACUGACGUCAUCCAUUCAUUCUAAUUAGUAAUUAGUUUCUUAAUUUCAUCUUUUAAUUUGUAUAAUUGGGUAUUAAUUUGAUGGGUUUUUGCUUUUGUUGCCAAAAG